AUGGGAUCGGAUUUCGAAGCCCUUCGUGAAUCGGAAGACAAUGGCCGUCAAGCCCAAGCCGAUGAAACUUCAGAUCCUUCAUCCGCUACAGAUACUUCCGCCGAGAAGAAACGCGAGGGGGUGAGCGCAGCCAACGGCGAGGCGUUAGAACCAGGCGAUGAAAAGAAGCUAGCAGAGAGCAAGGAAGAGGUGAAGGAAGAGGACGUACCGCCGGUGUAUUACUGGCAACUGUUCAAGUUCGCGGACAAAUGGGACAUUCUGCUCAUGAUCGUGGGAUCCGUGAGCGCCGUCGGGCUCGGCAUGGCCAUGCCCAUGAUCUCGCUGCUCUUCGGCGAGCUAACGAACGCAUUCGGACAGAACACCACCGACGUCAAUAAGCUCAUGGACGCCGUCACCAGUGUCGCGCUCAAGUUCCUUUACUUGGCCAUUGGAGCCGCCGCGGCCGCAUAUCUCGAGAUGGGGUGUUGGAUGACGACGGGCGAGCGGCAGGCGGCGCGGGUGCGGCGGCGGUACCUGGCGGCGGUGCUGCGGCAGGACAUGGCGUACUUCGACCGGCGCCUCAGCACGGGCGAGGUCAUCGGGCACAUGUCGGGCGACAUCGUGCUCGUGCAGGACGCCAUGGGGGAAAAGGUGGGCAUAUUCCUGCGGUUUAUGGCGCAGUUCGUGGGCGGGUUCGUGGUGGCGUUCAUCGCGGGCUGGCAGCUGACGCUCGUGAUGCUCGCCGUGCUGCCGCUGCUGGCCGCGGCAGGCGCCGCCUUGACGGUGAUCGUGAGCAAGUCGUCCAACAAGGGCCAGGAGGCGUAUGCUGCUGCGGGGACCAUUGUGGAGGAGUGUGUCUCCGCCAUCCGCACUGUGGUGGCAUUCACGGGCGAGCACAGGGCGGUGCAGCAGUACACAGUGAAGCUCAACAAGGCGUUCCGAGAGGGCAUGAAGCAGAGCGUUGGCGCAGCGGCGGGUAUCGGGUUCACGGUGCUCAUCAUGUUCUCCUCGUACGCGCUCGCGCUGUGGUACGGCUCCAAGCUCAUUGCCAACGCCAGCUACACCGGUGGAGACGUCUUCACGGUUCUCUUCGGCGUGCUCAUUGGCGGCAUGUCGCUGGGGCAAGCAGCCCCCAACGUGUCAGCCUUCGCAUCAGGGCAGGCGGCAGCGGGGAAGAUCUUUGAGGUGUUGGAGCGACAGCCGGUGAUAGACAGCGGCAGUGCAGAGGGGGAGCGCCCAGCGACGUGUGAGGGGGCGCUGGAGCUGCGCGAGGUGACGUUUGCAUACCCGUCGCGGCCAGACGUGCCCAUCUUCCAGAACUUCAGCCUGGCAGUGCCGGCGGGGCGGACCAUGGCGCUGGUGGGGGAGAGUGGCAGCGGCAAGUCGACGGUGGUGGCGCUGGUGGAGCGCUUCUACGACCCGCAGAGCGGAGCUGUGCUGCUGGACGGCCGCAGCAUCGCCGCUCUCAACCUGCGCUGGCUGCGCCAACACAUGGGGCUCGUCAGCCAGGAGCCAGCGCUCUUCGGCACGAGCAUCCGCCAGAACAUCGCUUAUGGCAAGGACGGCGCCACCGACCAGGAGAUUCAAGAGGCCGCACGCCUCGCCAACAUCCACCAAUUCAUCUCCUCGCUGCCUAACGUGCGCCCUCUCGCUCCCUCCCUCCCUCUUGCACGCUUUUACAACCCGUUAUCGCCCUCUAUCUCUCUCCGUUUCACCCCAUAUGCACUCUCUUUCGCUUGUGCCGGCUACGAGACGCAGGUGGGGGAGAGGGGAACGCAGCUGUCGGGGGGGCAGAAGCAGCGGGUGGCGAUCGCGAGGGCGAUUCUGCGGAAUCCGCGGGUGCUGCUGCUGGACGAGGCGACGUCCGCAUUGGACGCGGAGAGCGAGAAGCUGGUACAAGCGGCGCUCGAUGCGCUCAUGGGCGCGCGCACCACGCUCGUCGUGGCCCACCGCCUGUCCACCGUGCGCCGCGCGCACUGCAUCGCCGUGCUGCAGCGGGGGCAGGUCGUGCAGACCGGCACCCAUGCUGCGCUGCUCGCCCAGCCUGAAGGCGCCUACGCCCAACUCGUGCGCCUGCAGCAGCUGGCGGAUCCGGGCCAUGGGGAGGGGGAGGAAGGAGGAGAUGAGAAGGGAGAGGCGGUUGUGAAUGGGGAGGGGAAGGAGGGUGUAACUUCGAGCGCUUUCCAAACAGUUGCGGAGAAUGGGAAGGCAGCGGGAGCAAGGGUGGCCCCGGUUGAGGGUGCUAGUACUGUUGAUGGGGACGGUGUUGGUGGUUUGAAGAUGGCGGGAGGGGACGAGGAGGAUGGGUUGAUGAGCGAGGGGAGAGAUGUGGAGAGUGGUGCGGUGGAGAAGCAGGGUGAGAAGGCAGGCAGUGUGGGCUUUUUCAGCUCACUGCUGCGGAGGCGCAAGGGAGGGAAGGGCGAAGGGAAGGCUGGGAAGGGAGGAAAGGAAGGAGAGGGAGGGGACGGUGAGGAGGAGGAGGAGAAGAAGAAAGUAGCAUUCAAAGACACCCCAAUGGCUCGUCUGGCCAUGCUGAACAAGCCCGAGUGGCCGUAUGCCAUCCUCGGAUCUGUCGCUGCAGCCGCUCACGGCGUGAUCAUGCCGUUCUUCGCGCUCAUCCUCUCCAACAUCAUCACCACUUUCUACAAUCCGGACAUCUCCCAGAUGCGCAGCGACGCGAAUUUCUGGGCGGGCAUGUUUGUGGUGCUGGGCGCGAGUGCGUGCGCGGCUAUUGCGUGCCAGACGGUGCUGUUCGGUGUGGUGGGGUACUCGCUGAUCAGGCGCGUGCGCGCGCUCUGCUUCUCCUCUGUGCUGCGGCAGGAGAUUGGGUGGUUUGACAUGGAUGAGAACUCCAGUGGCGCCAUCGGUGCGCGCCUCUCAACGGACGCGGCGCAGGUGCGGGGAAUGGUGGGCGAUCAGAUGGCGCUGAUGGUGCAGAACCUGGCAACGGUCAUCCUGGGCCUCGUGCUGGCGUUCCGAGCCAACUGGCAGCUGUCGCUGGUGAUUCUCGCCAUCGUGCCGCUGCUGGCCAUCACUGGCGCUGCUCAGAUGCAGUCACUCAAAGGCUUCUCUGAAGACGCCAAGGUCAAGUUUGAGGAGGCGUCGCGGGUGGCGAACGACGCGGUGGGUGCGAUGCGGACGGUGGCGGCGUUUGGAGCGGAGCAGCGCGUGCAGGAGCUGUACAACGAGCGCUGCAGCACGCCCAUCCAAGCCGGCAUCCGCAAGGCGCACGUCAGCGGCAUCGGGAUGGCUGUGGCUCAGUUCUCCAUCUUUGGCGUCUACUCCCUCGCAUUUUGGUUCGGAGGGAAGCUCGUACAGCAGGGGAAAACCACGUUUCAAGACGUUUUCCAGGUCUUCUUUGCGAUCGUGUUCACAGCAACAGGCAUCGCCCAGGCAGCAGCACUGGCCCCAGAUAUGCCCACGGUGCAAGCAGCAGUGAACUCCAUAUUCCGCAUUUUGGACCGCCAGUCAAAGAUUGACCCGGAGGCAGGAGGGGAGGAGCCCGAGGAGGUGCUGGGCGAGGUGCAGUUCCACGCCGUGUGCUUCGCGUACCCGGCUCGACCCAACAUCCCCAUUCUUACCGACUUCAACCUGAAUGUACCGUCUGGUCAGACGGUGGCGCUGGUGGGGGAGAGUGGCAGCGGCAAGUCGACGGUGGUGGCGCUGGUGGAGCGAUUCUACGACCCGCAGAGCGGAGCCGUGCUGCUGGACGGCCGCAGCAUCGCCGCUCUCAACCUGCGCUGGCUGCGCCAACACAUGGGCCUCGUCAGCCAGGAGCCAGCGCUCUUCAACAUCUCCAUCCGCAACAACAUCGCCUACGGCCGCGCCGGCAGUGGCGGGGCCAGCGGGGGGGAGAUCAGCGAGGCGGAGAUUGUGGAGGCGGCGCGGGCGGCGAAUGUGCACGGGUUCAUCUCGGGGCUGCCGCAGGGGUACGCCACGCUGGUGGGGGAGCGAGGCGUGCAGAUCUCCGGCGGGCAGAAGCAGCGCAUCGCCAUCGCUCGCGCCAUCAUUGGUGACCCGCGCCUGCUGCUGCUGGAUGAGGCCACGUCAGCUCUGGAUGCGGAGAGUGAGAAGGUGGUGCAGACAGCACUGGAAAAGGUCAUGAAGAAUCGCACCACUAUAGUCGUUGCCCAUAGGUUGUCUACGAUCAAGGAUGCGGAUUGUAUUGUGGUGAUGCAGAAGGGAGUGGUGGUGGAGCAGGGGAAGCAUGAUGAGCUGAUGGCUGGUGGAGGGGUGUACUCCAGUCUUGUUUCGAUAAAGUAG